AUGGGAAACUCACCCACACGUGGUGGUCACGACGACGGGGCUCGCGAUAGCAAUGUGACCAGCUUCACAGCUCUGAUUGAGCACCACCGCGGCAGGGCUCGAUCUGAGUCCCCAAAGAAAACACACUGCAAGCAGCCUUCCGUCGCUUCCUCGGCUGAGCGCAGGGCUCGAAGACGUCCAACACCACUGGACCUGAGCGACGCCCGCAAGUACGGCGAGAUCGUUCGCCAGCGUCGCGGAGUGCAGGCCAUCCACUUCCCCAUCACCCCAGCUGAAGCCCUGCUCCGUCAGGUUAACCAAGACGGUUCCUCGUCGGUAUACUCGGCCGACACGCCGCCCUUCGACGGGGCUCCAACUGUGAGCCCCCUGCGCGUCACCAAACGCAUCAACGUGCUCAAGUCUUACAAUGACUGGAAGGUGACCAACACACCUCAGCUCAUGUCUCCCCCGGAUAUCCGUUCCGCCCGAUCCAAGAGCGUGUCCCAGAUCGGACAGCAGGACGAUCUGAUGAUACUGCCUGCUACCACCUACCAACAGCCACCGCCUACGCCGCCUACUUCGGAGGGCAAGCGCGGUCUUAUCAAGUCUGCCACAGUCACCGAUAUGCGAAGAGAGCCGGUGACUGCUCAUACGGACCAGUUCACGCCUCUGACUCCGUGGAUCAUGGGAGGAGAGGGCAAGAGAAAGGCAUCCAAGACCCUAUUUGGAACCCAUGGCUGGCUCCACGACACCAAGGAGAAAACAGCAUCUGCAGAAGCUCGAGUCCACAAGCCCAGCAGCUUCUUCGAUGGCAUCAAGAAGAAGGCCCGAGAAUUUGCCGAGAAGGCGGACUUCAAGACGGCCCGCCGGCUGCAGGGCCCCAGUCGCGUGACCAUCUCGCUGGACCCGCGCGAGCAGUCGCUACUGUACUGCGAGCUCGAGUUCAUCCUGAGCAACGCGCUAGACGCGUACAUCAAGUCGCAGCUCAACGGCGGGCGGCUGGACCCGGACAAGCUGAAGAAGGUGGCCGACGGGUGGGCGUCACGGGGGCGGCCGCGCGUGGUCGGCUUCCGGUACGACCUCGAGACGCAGCUCGAUCUGGUGGCGCUGCACACGGCCCAGUUCCGCUUCUACGGCGCGCGCAUGAUCAGCGAGCCCGCCGUCGCCGGCCUGCUGGCCACGCUGCGCAACGACGCCCGCACCAUGCGCGUCCGCACCCUGUGCCAGCCCGACAGCGUCGUCGCCAAGCACAUCGUCGACAGCCAGGCGCUGCUGCAGCUCAUCGGCAGCGCCGAGAGCUUGCAGAUCAGCCUGGCUGAGGUGAGCCAGUUCUUCAAGGUCGUGCUGGAGCGGGAGAAGGCGCUUUCGGAGAGAGAGGGUGCCGCCUAG